AUGAAGCUGAAGUCUCUUCCGCUCGGUUUUGUGACGCUCGCAUCUGUGAGCGCGGCACUUGCUGCUAAUGCUAGUUACUCUUACAAUGUGACGAGCUGUCCCGGGUAUACGCUUCAGGAGCUCAAGCAGACCGACACCGGGCUCACCGCGCAGCUCGACCUCGCUGGGGAAGCAUGCAACGCCUUUGGGAACGACAUCCAGAACCUGACUAUUCAAGUCACCUACGAGACCCAGCAGAGACUACACGUCAAAAUCUUUGACGCGGCGCAGCAGCAAUACACCAUCCCCUCCUCCGUCGUCCCCGUCCCGGAUCCACCCACGACGUCGUACACGAACAGCUCGGACCUCGUGUUCAACUACGACACAUCGCCGUUCGCGUUCUGGAUUACGCGGCGAUCCGACUCCCCGGGCUCGAUGCCGCUGUUUGACACGCGCGUGGCGUCUCUUCCCAAGACGCCCAUCGCUCCUGUGAACGGAACGGACAACUCGACCGCGCUGGAUACCUUUGAGCUCGUGUUUGAAGACCAGUAUCUGCAGGUCGCGUCUGCGCUGCCUCAGGGCGCCAACAUCUACGGCCUCGGCGAGGUCAUCGCUAGUAGCGGCUUUCGGCGCGAUGUCGGAGGGAGCGGCGGACCUGGCUCUAUCCAGACACUGUGGAACCGCGACGUCGCGGACCCGGUUGACCAGAACAUGUACGGCUCGCACCCGAUCUACAUGGAACAUAGGUACGAUGAGGGCAGCAACACGUCCGCGACGCACGGCGUCCUCCUUUUCUCUUCAAACGGCGCAGACGUGCUCUUAACGACACCUGAAAACUCAAAUGUCUCCCUCAUCGAGUACCGACUCAUCGGCGGCACGCUCGACUUCUACUUCUUCUCUGGUCCAUCGCCCGUAUCAGUCAUUGAGCAGUACGGCGAGACCAUCGGUUACCCGGCAUGGGUCCCCGCAUGGGGCUUCGGGUAUCAUCUGUGCAAGUGGGGUUAUGACAGUAUCCAGGCGCUGAAGGAUAACGUGGCGAGCAUGCGGAAUGCUAGUGUUCCCCUUGAAACCCAGUGGAACGACAUCGAUCUGUACAACAGUGUGAGGGACUUUACGACUGACCCGGUCAACUACCCCGCCGACCAGAUGAAGGCAUUCAUUGACGAAUUGCACGCCAACGGACAGCACUAUAUCCCGAUCGUAGACGCCGCUCUCGCGACACCGCAGAACUCAUCAGACCUUUAUGCACCUUUCAUUGAUGGAUUCGAGAAGGACGUCUGGAUCAUGAAUCCGAAUGGAACCGUCUUCGUUGGUUCCGCGUGGCCUGGCUUCACAGCAUGGCCCGAUUGGUUCGCGCCCAACACCCAAGACUGGUGGACCCAGGCUCUGCAGAACUGGAGCGACUCCGGGAUCGAGUUCGACGGGAUUUGGCUGGACAUGAACGAGCCGAGCUCGUUCUGCACGGGCUCGUGCGGCUCGGGCAGCUUUUCCCAGUCUAGCCUGACAGGUGCGAAGCGUGGGGUCGGGAACGAGACUGGACUGGACGUAACGAGUCCGCCUUAUGGAAUACAUAACGGCAACGGCGCGUUAGGAGCAAGCACGGUCUCGACGGACGCGGUGCACUCUGGCGGGUACAGCCACUAUGACACGCACAACAUGUUUGGGAUGAUGGAGGAGAUAACCACGCACAAGGCCCUCCAAGCCCUUCGAGCUGGCAAGCGGGCGUUUACUAUCGCACGAUCGACGUUCCUCUCAGCCGGGAAGUGGACUGGUCACUGGCUCGGCGACAACUACAGCACGUGGCAGUCGAUGUAUUACAGUAUCCAAGGCAUCUUGCAGUUCCAGAUCUAUCAAAUUCCGAUGGUCGGAGCGGAUACCUGUGGUUUCAACGGCAACACAACUGAGGAACUGUGCAACCGAUGGCAAAUGCUUUCUGCUUUCGUGCCCUUCUACAGGAACCACAACACGAUCGGAUCGAGCCCCCAGGAACCGUACCGUUGGGCUAGUGUUGCGAACGCGACUCGCAUUGCAAUUGCUGCGCGGUACGCGCUGCUGCCGUACUGGCAAACUCUCUUCGCGAAUGCGUCGACUCAAGGCUCGCCUCCCAUGCGCGCGCUGUGGUACGAGUUCCCAAACGAGCCUGAGCUAUUCGGCGUCGACCGCCAGUUUCUCAUUGGAAGCGACAUCCUGGUCACGCCCGUACUGGAUGAGGGCGCCACGACAGUUGACGGCAUCUUCCCUGGUCGCGGCACCGUUGCCUGGCGCGACUGGUGGACGCAUGCCGUCGUGAACGCGAGCACCUCGGGCGGAAACACGACGCUGCAAGCGCCACUGAGCACCAUCAAUGUGCACAUCCGGGACGGCUCUGCGCUCCUCUUGCACGCCGAGCCGGGAUACACGAUCAAUGAGACACGGAGUGGACCGUACGAGCUGCUUGUCUCGCUCGACAAGGACGGUAACGCGUUCGGGACAGCGUACGUCGACGACGGGGAGAGCGAUCCGCCGGGCGACAGCCGUACUUUGAGCUUUGCUACACAGGGUGGGGCGUUGACAAUUUCGAGUCAGGGGAGCUACGGAAUCGCGCAGAAGCUUGAGAGCGUGACGAUCCUGGGCGUGCAGAAGCCGAGCAGCGUGAGCGUUGGCGGGCAGGCGGUGGGCAAUUUCACUUAUUUAGAUGCGACGCAGGAGUUAGUGGUUAGGAACGUGACGGUGGAUCUGAAUGAAGGGACGAAGGUGACAUGGCAGUGA